ACAUCCCCUGGGGCUGGAAUUGAAGCAGAACCAAGUGGCCAUCCCAGCCUGAAACCACAGAUUCCUGGCUCCGGGAGCGGCCAGGGCAAGCAGCUUCAGCCCAGGGGCUCAGCGCUCUGGCUGUCCACAGGGCGGAAUGGCGCUGCAAGUGGAGCUGAUCCCCACAGGGGAGAUCAUCCGCGUGGUUCAUCCGCACAGGCCCUGCAAGCUUGCCCUGGGCAGUGACGGGGUGCGGGUGACCAUGGAGAGCGCGCUGACCGCCCGGGACCGGGUGGGGGUGCAGGACUUCGUGCUCCUGGAGAACUUCACCAGCGAGGCGGCUUUUAUGGAGAACCUGCGGCGGCGCUUCCGGGAGAACCUCAUUUAUACCUACAUCGGCCCGGUCCUGGUCUCUGUCAACCCCUACCGGGACCUGCAGAUUUACAGCCGGCAGCACAUGGAGCGGUACCGGGGUGUCAGCUUCUAUGAGGUGCCACCCCACCUGUUCGCCGUGGCCGACACUGUGUACCGGGCACUGCGCACGGAGCGCAGGGACCAGGCAGUGAUGAUCUCUGGGGAGAGUGGGGCUGGCAAGACCGAGGCCACCAAGCGACUGCUGCAGUUCUAUGCGGAGACAUGCCCCGCCCCCGAGCGAGGGGGCGCCGUGCGGGACCGGCUGCUGCAGAGCAACCCUGUGCUGGAGGCCUUUGGGAAUGCCAAGACCCUCCGGAACGAUAACUCCAGCAGGUUUGGGAAGUACAUGGACGUGCAGUUCGACUUCAAGGGGGCCCCUGUGGGUGGCCACAUCCUCAGCUACCUCCUGGAGAAGUCCCGAGUGGUUCACCAGAAUCACGGCGAGCGCAACUUCCACAUCUUCUACCAGCUGCUGGAGGGGGGCGAGGAGGAGACACUCAGGAGGCUGGGCCUGGAGCGCAACCCCCAGAGCUACCUGUACCUGGUGAAGGGCCAGUGUGCCAAGGUGUCCUCCAUCAAUGACAAGAGCGACUGGAAGGUGGUGAGGAAGGCACUGACAGUCAUCGACUUCACCGAGGAGGAGGUGGAGGAGCUGCUGAGCAUCGUGGCCAGCGUCCUGCACUUGGGCAACAUCCACUUCGCUGCCGAUGAGGAGAGCAAUGCCCAGGUCACCACCGAGAACCAGAUCAAGUAUCUUAGCAGGCUCCUCGGUGUGGAAGGCGCGACGUUGCGGGAAGCCCUGACACACAGGAAGAUCAUCGCCAAGGGGGAAGAGCUCCUGAGUCCGCUGAACCUGGAGCAGGCCGCAUACGCACGGGACGCUCUGGCCAAGGCUGUGUACAGCCGCACUUUUACCUGGCUGGUUGGAAAGAUCAACAGGUCCCUGGCCUCCAAGGACGCCGAGAGCCCCAGCUGGCGGAGCACCACGGUUCUCGGGCUCCUGGACAUCUACGGCUUUGAAGUGUUUCAGCACAACAGCUUCGAGCAGUUCUGCAUCAACUACUGCAACGAGAAGCUGCAGCAGCUCUUCAUCGAGCUCACGCUCAAGUCGGAACAGGAGGAGUACGAGGCGGAGGGCAUCGCGUGGGAGCCUGUCCAGUAUUUCAACAACAAAAUCAUCUGUGACCUGGUGGAGGAGAAGUUCAAGGGCAUCAUCUCCAUCCUAGAUGAGGAGUGUCUGCGCCCUGGGGAGGCCACGGACCUGACCUUCCUGGAGAAGCUGGAGGACACGGUCAAGCAACACCCACACUUCCUGACGCACAAGCUGGCCGACCAGCGGACCAGGAAAUCCCUGGGCCGCGGGGAGUUCCGCCUGCUGCACUACGCCGGGGAGGUGACCUACAGCGUGACCGGGUUUCUGGAUAAAAACAAUGACCUUCUCUUCCGGAACCUGAAGGAGACCAUGUGCAGCUCGAAGAAUCCCAUCAUGAGCCAGUGCUUCGACAGGAAUGAGCUCAGUGACAAGAAGCGCCCAGAGACGGUCGCCACCCAGUUCAAGCUGAGCCUCCUGCAGCUGGUGGAGAUCCUGAAGUCCAAGGAGCCUGCCUACGUCCGCUGCAUCAAGCCCAAUGAUGCCAAACAGCCCGGUCGCUUUGACGAGGUGCUGAUCCGGCACCAGGUGAAGUACCUGGGGCUGAUGGAGAACCUGCGCGUGCGCAGAGCCGGCUUUGCCUACCGUCGCAAAUACGAGGUUUUCCUGCAGAGGUACAAGUCACUGUGCCCAGAGACGUGGCCCAUGUGGGCAGGACGGCCCCAGGACGGGGUGGCGGUGCUGGUCAGACACCUGGGCUACAAGCCGGAAGAGUACAAGAUGGGCAGGACCAAGAUCUUCAUCCGCUUCCCCAAGACCCUUUUUGCUACAGAGGAUGCCCUGGAGGUCCGGCGGCAGAGCCUGGCCACGAAGAUCCAGGCUGCCUGGCGGGGCUUUCACUGGCGACAGAAAUUCCUCCGAGUGAAGCGUUCAGCCAUCUGCAUCCAGUCGUGGUGGCGUGGGACGCUGGGCCGGAGGAAGGCGGCCAAGAGGAAGUGGGCGGCACAGACCAUCCGCCGGCUCAUCCGUGGCUUCAUCUUGCGCCACGCCCCCCGUUGUCCCGAGAACGCCUUCUUCCUGGACCACGUGCGCACCUCCUUUCUGCUUAACCUGCGGCGGCAGCUGCCACGGAAUGUCCUGGACACCUCCUGGCCCACACCCCCACCUGCCCUGCGUGAGGCCUCAGAGCUGCUCCGGGAGCUGUGCAUGAAGAACAUGGUGUGGAAGUACUGCCGGAGUAUCAGCCCUGAGUGGAAGCAGCAGCUGCAGCAGAAGGCCGUGGCCAGCGAGAUCUUCAAGGGCAAGAAGGACAAUUACCCUCAGAGCGUCCCCAGGCUCUUCAUCAGCACGCGGCUGGGUGCAGAUGAGAUCAGCCCCAAAGUGCUGCAAGCCCUGGGCUCGGAGCCCAUCCAGUAUGCCGUGCCUGUCAUCAAAUACGACCGCAAGGGCUACAAGCCGCGCUCCAGGCAGCUGCUGCUCACGCCCAGUGCCGUGGUCAUCGUGGAAGACGCCAAAGUCAAGCAGAGGAUUGAUUACGCCAACCUGACCGGCAUCUCCGUCAGCAGCCUGAGUGACAGCCUGUUUGUGCUCCACGUGCAGCGGGAAGACAAUAAGCAGAAGGGGGAUGUGGUGCUGCAGAGUGACCACGUGAUUGAGACACUGACCAAGACAGCCCUCAGCGCCGACCGCGUGAACCAUGUCAACAUCAACCAGGGCAGCAUCACCUUUGCCGGGGGCCCCGGCAGGGACGGCAUCAUCGACUUCACACCGGGCUCAGAGCUGCUCAUCACCAAGGCCAAGAACGGCCACCUGGCUGUGGUAGCCCCACGGCUGAACUCCCGGUGAUGAAGGUGCCCGCUGGACCCCUCCUAACUCCCAGCGCUUUGCUUCCCCCUCCUCCCCUUCCCAGUUACCAAAGACUCGAGCUUCCAGGCAGGGACCCAGGGACACCUCAGAGCCCACCUGCAGACUCCUGCCUCCCGCUCAGCCCUCGCUUGCGGGAGCAGCAGGAGCCAGGCAGCAACCCCAGGAGUGGGCCAGGCCGGGCCACAGCAAUAGGAACAGCGGGGCCAGAGCGUGCCGUGCCAGCCCCACUGCUGAUGCCAAAUAUUUGAGAGAAGGGAAUUUUUGCUGAGGUUUUCUCUAAGAUAUUUUAAUGCUUUAUAGGAAACUAUUUUUUAAAAAAGCCAUUUUCUCACCCCAAGACACACUGGAUGUGUUUUCCCUGACUCAAACGGGGCAAGGAAUGUAGGUGAGAGGUCAGUGGGCAGGCCCUGGGGCCCUCUUCCCUGGCCGGGCCACCCUCUCCACCACAUGCCCUUGGCACCUUGUCUGUCUGUCUGUCUGCCCACCCGCCCAUGCACCUACACCUUUUCUAGCCCACUCUGACCACCUGGGGGCUGAGGCCUUCCUCUCCUGCCUCCUCCCUUCCAAUAUCAGCAUCCCGGCCGGAGGGCGAAUGUCAGAUCAGAGACCGUGGAGGAUGCGGGGAGCGGUCUGGUGCCCUGGCGUGACACAGCAGGGGGCGGGAACCAGGAGAGGAAGGGACCUGCCCAAAGUCGCAGUGAGCACUGGGGCCAAGCCCGGCCUGCAGCCCUGUCCUCAGGAAACCACACUGCCGCUUCCAGACGGGGAGCCCCAGCACACCUGGCUCCCCGACCAGCAGUCACUCUGGGGCCACCGCUGGAGCAGCACUUCUGCCCGAGUCUGUGCCUUAGGAUGACACACACCCCACCUACACACAGGGGCCCAGUUCAAGGAUGCGGGGCCCUUACUGCUCUCUGAGCUUGGCUGGCCUGGGAACACGGGGAGGGGCUGCAGGGGCCUCACCUUUUUCUGCCGCUUCCCCUCCACCCUGGAGGGCCUGGGGGCCGCCUCGCUGCCUCUGUCGGCUCCUGGGGUCCUUAGCCCACUGCUGACACAUCUGCAGUCCAGAGAAACACUAAAUAAAGCGAUCUGUGUUUGCCAGUGCGGUCUCUGCGAUGU